AUGAGAAUUUUGUUUCGGAAAAAACUAACUCCAUUAGUUACUAACUUUCAAGCAAAUGUAAGCAACAUUUGUGAGUCAUAUGAUGUGAAGAACAAGGAUAAUUUGGAAAAUAUUGAAUAUUGUAAAAUAGAAUAUGCAAAUUCAGCUGAAAAGGAUGUCAUAUCAGAUGUUCAGUCGCCAAGUCUAAGUUAUAAUUCAUCCCUUCAUUCUUUGCCGAUCAAUAAUAAUGAAAAGAAUAAUUUAACAAAAGAUAAAGACUAUGGGUAUAAAAUUAACGAAGAUUUACCAUGUUUAACCGAAUCAAAUUUAUGUGAAAAAGAGAAUUUAUCAAGUCAUACAAAUAGUGAACCUUUAACAAAUACUACUACUCAAUGUUCAAAUGGACAAAAAUUAAAAAUAAAUGAAAAUGAUUCAUUAGAAACAGUGGAAAAUGUUAACAAAUUAAUAUCUAAUAAAAAUGAAUUAAUAAAAGAAGUUACACAAAUUACACAUUCAAAACUAUCUACUUUUCCUAUUAUAAAUAAUAAUAAUAAUAAUAAUAAUAAUAAUAAUAAUAAUAAUAAUAAUAAUAAUAAUAAUAAUAAUAAUAAUAAUAAUGAAAAUAAAUUAUUGCGACGAAUUAAAACUGAGCGUCACUAUAAUAAUCAUAAUAAUGUACAAUUUUAUACAAUCGAAAAAAAUUGUCAGUUAUCAACAGAACGUUUAAAAAUAGCUAAAGAUGAAGCUGAUGAAGCAAUAAAAAGUCGCAAAAUAUUUUCUAUUCUUGGUCCUUAUAAUCGUAUCAGAAAAGCAUUACGAACUCGUGGAUGGAUUGAGAAAUUUGAUGUCAAUAUUGGACCACCAGGACAAACUACACAGGAAUCAAAGAAAACUAUAAGAUCGAUUACUAAUGUAAAAACUGUACUAAAUUCCAAUUCGUCUUCGAAUGAUACAACACUAGAAGAUUCUGAAGAUGGCGAUUCAGAUGAUGAUGUGACUGCUGUGAACGAGGAAAAACAACGUGUUCAACCGUGGGAAGAAGAUAGUGGAUACUAUGGAUUAUUGUCACGUAUGGUUCGUUCAGAGUUGCCAAGAUUUAUUUGGUCAUUACGUAAAAAUCAAGUUGAUUUUCAAAACCUUCAGAAAGAUCAAAUCAUUAAUCAUCACAGUGGUGCACCAUUUACAACUAAGGUUGGACUAUGCAGACAAUUACGUCAAAUAAGAUGGUUUGCUGACUGUAAUGCUGAUUACUUUUUCCCGCGUUGUUUUAUCAUCAGUGAAGAAGAUGAUCGGCAAUCCUUUAUAAAUGAUUUUAGAUUAACAGCAUGUAUAUCCAUCGUAAAAAUGAUUGCAAAUCUAAUUUCUGAUGUUCAUCAAUUAGAUUCAGCUCUAAUUCAAUCCAAUCCUAAAAAUGUUUGUGAUAUGAAUAAUUUAGGUGAGACUAAUGAUAAUGUAAAUGAUACAGAGGAUUCAAACGUUCUGGAAAUUGAAAGUUCCCCAAAUAUUGAUUUAUCCAGAGAUAAUACUUUAUCUUUUUUAAAUAACACAAUAUCCUAUAAAAAAGUUUGGAAUAUAAAUUUACCACCAAGCGAUUUGUUGAACAAUUUUGAAAUUCCAGAUGAAAUUAUGGAAUUUUCUAUUUUUCAAUGUCAAGAAUUUCUUAAAACCAAGUAUCAUGACGAUCUUGACAAGUCAAGUAAACAAUCAUUUUCUUCUGAAUAUCCUUGGGAUAAAUUUUUAUCUUGGUAUUAUCAAAUAAUAAAAAUGCCUCAUUUACUUGUGACAGCUAAACAUUUAUCAUCUCAUUGUCAAUAUCUUUGUAAAUUACUUAAAAAAUAUUGUCCACAAUUUGAUAUGGAUGGAGUGCGUAAUGUUUGGAUUGUAAAACCUGGUGCGAAAUCAAGAGGGAGGGGUAUUGUUUGUCAUGAUCGAUUAGAUGAUAUUUUAAAAAUUGUACAAGGUAGUGUAUUUCUUACCGAAGCACGUUAUAUUGUACAAAAAUAUAUUGAAAGACCAUUAUUAAUAUACAGAACAAAAUUUGAUAUUAGACAGUGGUUUCUUGUAACUGAUUGGGCACCAUUAACUGUUUGGUGGUAUCAAGAUUGUUAUUUAAGAUUUUGUUCUCAGGAGUUCACUUUGAAUGAUUUCAGUGAAUCAAUACAUCUUUGUAACAAUUGUAUACAACAUAAAUAUAAAAAUGGACUUAGAUCAUUGAAAUUACCAGAUGAAAAUAUGUGGACCUGGGAACAAUUUCAAACUUGGCUAACUGAACAAGGUCAACCAAAUUUAUGGACAGAGAAAAUUCAACCAGCAAUGAAAAAUGCUGUUCUAAAUGUACUUUUAUCUUCACAAGAAUCUAUCGAACCUAGAAAAAAUUGUUUUGGUCUAUAUGGAGCAGAUUUCCUGUUAACUGACAAUGAUUACAGAAUAUGGCUUAUUGAAAUUAAUUCAAGUCCAUGUAUGUCACCGAGUACAUCUGUUACAGCUGUAUACACUGCUAGUGUAUUAGAAGAUACUUUGAAAGUUGUUUUAGAUAGAAAAUACAAUCGUAACUCGGAUGUUGGACGUUUUGAAUUACUGUAUAGACAACCGUUUCAUAAUCCAUCUAAUAUGUACACUGGUAUGGAACUUUAUGUAAUUGGAUCGAAAAUAAGUAAACCACAGUUGGAAAAUACAACUAUUCUACGUUGUUUUAAUAAAGCGACACUUGAUUUCAGUGGUCAGUCAUUAUCAAAUCCAGAAGUGAAUGUUAUGUCAAAAAUUGUUAGAGAUAAGAAGAAUAUGGUCCUGCAAAUGAAAUCACAAACACGAAAAGAAAUUAAGCCAUCGAACAUAAGUCAUGAGUAUGCAUGCACGAUGGAAAUGGUUAAAGGAAUGAACAGUUUAUUACCACCUAUGAAGUGUGGAAAAUUUUCAACUGAUAAUCAGUCAACUGUGAACAUUAAUACUGAUAAUCCAGUCAAACAUUUACAAUCAGUAAAGGAAACAAGAAAAGAUUCACGAUCAAAAUCUUGCAAAUAUGAAAAUAAAAUGAAAAUUUGCAAUGUUCCUACUGUUUCAAAUGCUGUAAAAACUAUUGGGUCUUUGACUGGCUUGGAGUCUGGUAUUUGUCUAUCAAAAUACAACGAUGAUAUUUCACAUGAUGACAAUCUUUUAAAAUCAAGCCGAUCGGAGUAUUGUCUAAAAUCAUCUCUAGAAGAAUUAGUUAAAUCGAGAUCACUCAUAAAUUCCCCUGGUAUUUCAAAUGUUAAAGAUUCCUCUACGUCCAACUUGAAUCAAUCGAAGCUACAACAAGUGAAUAAAGUGACUAGUAAUACAACAUCAAAUGUAUCAACAAUGAAAAAUGUAAUGCAAGAUAAUAUAAAAUACGCGCCAAUUUCAAAUAUUUCACCAAUUAUAAACAAUCCAACGAAUCAAUUUCCAUCAUCAUAUCGCCGACCAUUAUCAUGUUCAAAUAAUAAAUGGAUAAUGAAUAAUUUGUCCGCAUCAACAUCAUCAUCAUCAUCAUUAUCGCCGCCAUCAUCUUUGACAAUUGUUUCUUGCAAAC